AUGCCUCGCUAUUGCGCAGCGAUAUGCUGUAAGAACCGUCGGGGACGAAACAGUAAGGACCGGAAGCUGAGUUUUUAUCCGUUUCCUCUACAUGACAAAGAAAGACUUGAAAAAUGGUUAAAGAAUAUGAAACGAGAUUCAUGGGUACCCAGUAAAUACCAGUUCCUGCGUAGUGACCAUUUUACUCCUGACUCUCUUGACAUCAGAUGGGGUAUUCGAUAUUUGAAACAAACUGCAAUUCCAACAAUAUUUUCUUUGCCUGAAGACAAUCAGGAAAAAGACCCUUCCAAAAAAAAAUCUCAGAAGAAAAAAUUAGAUGAGAAAGAAGUGUGCUUAAAAGCCAAGUCACAAGAAUCAUUUGCAUCAAGUGAGCUAAAGAAAAAUACAGUUAAUACAGAUGUCCUCCCUGAACACACAGAAUUACUUAAUUCAUCUACCUUGGUCAAGCUACCAGCUCCAAAACCAGAAAGUAUACAAAAUAACAUAUUAACUCUUAAUCUGGUUAAACAAGAUACUGGAAAACCAGUAUCUACCUUGGAAACAUCAGUUACCCAAGACAUAGAUAUAGGUGGUUUUCAUACAUCUUUUGAGAAUCUAAAUUCUACAACUAUUACUUUGACAACUUCAAAUUCAGAAGAUGUUCAGCCGUCUUUGGAAACCCAAGAAGUGUUUGAAAUAACUACGAAUCACCUUGCUAACCCAAACUUUACAAAUAAUUCCAUGGAAAUUAAGUCAGCACAGGAAAGUCCAUUCUUACUCAGCACAAUUACUCAAACAGUUGAAGAAUUAAAUGCAAAUAAAGAAUCUGUUAUUGCCAUUUUUGUACCCACACAAAAUUCCAAACCAAUUAAUUCUUUUGUAUCUGCUGAGAAAGAAACCGUGGAAAUGGGAGAUCUAGGCGUUGAAGACUCCUUAUAUAAGGAUAUAGACUAUGAGACAGAAGUUUUACAAACUGAACAUUCUUACUGCAGACAAGAUAUAAAUAAGGAACAUCUCUGGCAGAAAGUCUCUAAACUACAUUCAAAAAUAACUCUUCUUGAGCUACAAGAACAACAAACUCUUGGAAGAUUGAAGUCUUUGGAAGCUCUUAUAAGGCAGUUAAAACAGGAACACUGGCUAUCUGAAGAAAAUGUCAAGAUUAUAGAAAAGCAUUUCACAACAUAUGAAGUUACUAUGAUAUAGAGUGUAAAGAGGUUUUAAUGCUAUGACUUUUAUAAAGCUUUUUGCAGCCAAACCAACUUAUGUGUAAAGUGAACUUUUUUCCCUUAUAAAGUUCCAUCUUAAGCGAAGAAAGUAUUCUAACGUUAAAAACUGCAUCCUGUUCUUGUAAUGUUCAUUUUUUAAGAAAAACUAGAGUUGUUGGGCUGUAGAGAAAAAGUUUCACUACUUGGUAAUCUUCCAAAUUGGAAUGAAUAAAUAAUACGAUUCAUAAAAUGAGAGAACAUGGAUAUGGUGAAAGGAGCCCAGAAGAGAAAUCAGGCUCAGGUAUCAGUCCUGGUUCUACCAUUGGCAUAUGACUUGGGCAAAUUACUCUUGAGCCUCAGUCUGUAAUCUAUAAAAUGAGGGCACUUACUAAAUCUAGUCUGUUUAUAGUUUCUUUCUAUUAAAAUACUUUUUUAAUAGAAAAACUUUUUUAUAAGGUAAUAUAUACUUACAUUAUACUAUAUAUGUUGGCUAGUAUUUGAUGUUAUUUACUAUUGGAUUAUCUUCAAAAUUGAAUUCCGUGGUGUUUGACUUGU